AUGGCCGUGGGCAAGUCCUCACUGCUGCGCUGCUUUGCUGACAGGCUGAGUGGGGGUCCUGGUGGGGUAGCCACCCCUGGCCCAAGCAUCGGCGUCGAGUUCUACAGCCAGACUAUCCUGAUGUCGCCCACCAUCAAGGCCAAGCUGCAGCUCUGGGAUACGGCUGGCCAGGAGCGGUUCAGGUCCAUCACCAGGUCCUUCUACCGGAGUGCAGUGCGGGUGCUGCUAGUCUUCGACCUCACCAAUCGGGCAUCUUUCGAGCAUGUCUCUGAGUGGUAUUGUGAGGCUGCAGGGGACCGGCUGCCUGUCUUUGUCCUGGUGGGACACAAGUGUGACCUGGUGGCCGAGCACGUGUCAGCAGAGGAAGCCGGACACCUCGCCACCACCCUGGGCAUGGCCUUUGUGGAGACCUUGGCCUGCAGCAAUGUCAACGUGGAGUUGGCCUUCUAG